GACGCAUGCAGCUUCCCUCGUCGGGGAAGACGACGUACGACCCCGACGUACUACGCGCCCACGCACGCACGACGGGACGGCCGGCCUCCUCACCUCGCUCGCUCGCGCCGCGCCGCUCGCCGGCAAAUCCACCACGCCAUGGCGUUCCCUGCACCCUCCUCCUCCUCCCCUCGCCGCCGCGGCCGCGGCCUCGCCUACCUCCUCGUCUCCGUCCUCCUGCUCGCGUCCCGCGUGCCGGGCGCCGCCGGCGCGGACUCGGAGUUCGAGGACGGCGUCUCGCCCAAGUUCCCCGGCUGCGACAACCCCUUCCAGAAGGUGAAGGUGACGUACUGGGUGGACGGCGACGAGAGGAGCAGCCUGACCGGGAUCACGGCGAGGUUCGGCGAGGUGCUGCCGGCCACCGGCUCCGACGGCGACAAGCGGAAGGCCGUGGUCCCCGCCCCGAAGACCGGCUGCGCCAAGUCAUCCGCGCCGCUUGCUAGCUCCAUUGCCGUGGCGGAGCGCGGGGAGUGCACGUUCCUGGAGAAGGCCAAGACGGCGGAGUCCGGCGGCGCCGCCGCGCUGCUCCUCAUCAACGACGAGGACGAUUUGCAGAAGAUGGUGUGCACCCAGAACGACACGGUCCCUAACAUUGGCAUCCCGGUCGUGAUGGUAUCCCAGUCUGCCGGUCGCAAGAUCCUCUCCGGCAUGGACGGUGGGGCAAAGGUUGACAUUCUGAUGUAUGCGCCGGAGAAGCCGAGUUUCGAUGGCGCUAUACCUUUCCUCUGGCUGAUGGCCGUCGGCAGCGUGGCCUGUGCGUCCGUUUGGUCCUUCGUCGUCGUCGGCGACGAGGAUAAGAAUGCUCCUACACUGGGUGGAGAAGAAGCUGCUGACUCUGAAAUCGUGGAGCUGCAGACCAAAACCGCGCUCGUGUUCAUCGUCACCGCGUCGCUUGUCCUGCUGUUCCUGUUCUUCUUCAAAUCCACCUGGUCUGCAUGGCUGCUGGUUGUGCUGUUCUGCCUCAGUGGUCUCCAGGGAUUGCACUAUGUUGCCUCGACUCUAAUUGUAAGAACUUGUGAUCGGUGCCGCGAAGCAAAAGUAGCUCUUCCUGUAUUAGGGAACGUGACAGUGGUUACACUUGUCAUCCUACCACUAGCUUUGAUCUUCGUUGUCGUUUGGGCUGUACACCAGAAUUCACCGUUUGCUUGGGUUGGUCAGGAUCUUAUGGGCAUCUGCAUGAUGAUUCUUGUAUUGCAAGUGGUCCAUCUGCCAAAUAUCAAAGUUGCAACAGCGCUUCUUGUGAGCGCUUUCAUGUAUGACAUUUUUUGGGUGUUCAUAUCACCUUUCAUAUUCAAGAAAAGUGUCAUGAUCACAGUUGCUCGUGGUAGCGAUGAGGGACCUAGCCUUCCCAUGGUUCUGAAGAUGCCAAAGGAGUUUGAUACAUGGAAUGGCUAUGACAUGAUCGGAUUUGGGGACAUUCUUUUCCCAGGACUACUUGUUGCUUUCAGUUUCAGGUAUGACAGAGCAAAUGGAAAGGACUUGACUGACGGCUAUUUCCUCUGCCUAAUGAUCGGUUACGCCUUCGGUUUGUCAUGCACAUAUGUUGGCCUGUACCUAAUGAAGAGUGGACAGCCAGCUCUCCUCUACCUAGUCCCAUCAACACUAGGAACUAUUGUCACGCUAGGUGCGAAAAGAGGAGAGCUAAGUCAGCUCUGGAAUGCUAAAGUAUAGCUUGUGAAAUAUUGAUACUUGCUUGCAGUCUUGCAGCAUUGUACUAGUUAGAGAAGCGAUCAUUGAUCUGUAUAUGAGAAUAUCUGAUGGUUGUUGGUAAAUAUAUCAUGCCAACCAUCUGCACGAACUUUGGUUAGAUUUCUUUUUUCAGUGUACACUUACCAUGAAUGGUGGUUAUUAGUGCGAAGCAGUAUGCUCUGGCUGUAAAUGUCAUGGCUGUGAUGUAAAUGUGAACAGAAUUAUAUUCUCUGUGUCUUGAUGUGUUCUUAGCUGGGUGUAAUAUAAAAAAUCCACUUUGUUUCAGAAACUUCA